AUGAGACGAGUUAAUUCGUCUUACACAGUUACGAGAAAAAUUUUUUCGUUGAUAUUUAUUAGAAAAACAGAAGAAAUUUUAUUAGGUUUAAAGAAACGAGGAUUUGGCGAAAAUAAAUGGGGUGGUUUUGGCGGCAAAGUAGAAUCAGGAGAAUCAAUUCUUCAAGGUGCCAUGCGUGAAUUAAAAGAAGAAUGUGGUUUAUCUGCACAAGAAUUAAAAAAAGUUGGAAUCUUAUAUUUUGAAUUUGAAGAUAAUAAGGAUCUGUUAGAAGUUCAUGUUUUUGAAACAUACAAAUACUGUGGAAAAGUAAUAGAAUCUGAAGAAAUGCGACCCAAAUGGUAUAAUUUGAAAGAUAUUCCUUUCAAACAGAUGUGGCCGGAUGAUGAAUAUUGGUUCCCUUACAUGUUACAAGGGGAAUUAUUUAAGGGAUACUUUUUGUACCGAGGUCAGGACCUAAUUCUUAAGCAUAACAUUGAAACUGUGGAAGAACUACCAACAGUAGAUCAUACCUCUUAAUUAUGUAUUUUAACACUCACCCUUCAUUCACAAUUUCCACACA